AGGCGUCAUUCGACUCGUGUCCAGGAGGUGGCGAUAGCGCACUCAACAGCUGUUUGCCAACCGAGAACAGGCAAAGAAGAAAAGGCAGCAGUCAUUGCGCUAGAAAACUAGCGAGAACAAUUCCCCGUUAAACAGUAGCCAAUUCUUAGAAGGAGCAUGAGCAGCUCGGAGGAGGUGUCCUGGAUCUCCUGGUUCUGUGGGCUCAGAGGGAACGAGUUCUUCUGUGAGGUGGAUGAGGACUACAUUCAAGACAAGUUUAACCUGACGGGUCUCAAUGAGCAGGUUCCUCACUACCGACAGGCGCUGGACAUGAUUCUGGACCUGGAACCGGAUGAGGAGCUUGAAGAUAACCCAAACCAGAGUGACCUGAUCGAGCAGGCAGCAGAGAUGCUGUACGGGCUCAUACACGCACGCUACAUCCUGACCAACAGAGGGAUCGCUCAGAUGUUGGAAAAGUAUCAGCAAGGAGAUUUUGGCUACUGUCCCAGAGUGUAUUGUGAGAACCAGCCCAUGCUUCCCAUCGGUCUGUCAGAUAUUCCAGGAGAAGCAAUGGUGAAGCUCUACUGCCCCAAAUGCAUGGACGUGUACACGCCCAAGUCCUCCAGACACCACCAUACAGACGGCGCUUACUUCGGCACGGGGUUCCCCCACAUGUUGUUUAUGGUGCACCCAGAGUAUCGUCCCAAGCGGCCAGCCAACCAGUUCGUGCCAAGGUUAUACGGUUUCAAAAUUCACCCGAUGGCGUAUCAGCUCCAACUCCAGGCCGCCUCCACUUUCAAGAGUCCUGCCAAGACGAUUCGCUAAAGUUCACCUCGGACCGAGUCUCUGUGGUUCACUACGAUAUAUUACCAAUAAAUGUACAGUUGAUCCAAAACCACAUGUGGUUACUAAAAUGCUGUCAUAGUGAAAGAGCUAGGGAUUUUUUUUCUGUGUGCUGUUUGCAAGAAGCCUGUGCCCUUAUAUAUUGUUUACCCUCAUAGGAUUGUGUGUUUAGUCUGAUAUGAUGGAACCACUUUUAUUUUAGGGAUAAUAAAGAUUUGAGUUUUCUCAUUGA